AUGAGCCUCUCCCUCAAGCACAUUCCCUGCCCGGCAGGCAACAGAUGCACCGCUUUUCAGUGCAUCUUCGGGCAUGAAAAGGACAAGAACAAAGUCGAUGAAGGCAGCAUUGGCGACUCGGCAAACGAUGGUGGACGGCCCUCGCAAGCAGAUCAGCCUCGCCCAAGCAAGCGCCUCAAGGUCGACGCAAGCGAUCCUCCUCCAUCGCAAACGCAACCUGGUGUAGCCUCAGUGAAGCAAUCCGAAGAACCAAAGAAGCAAGCUGCAAUGUUGCAGAGCGCCACGCGCCCAAUCUCUCCGCCUCCGCUGAGGAGAAAGUCUACGGCGUCAGAUCCCGCAAACGCAAGCAGCACAGCGUCUUCCUCAGCCAUAAAGAGCCAGCAGCCGGCCGCGAAGCCCAGCAAUCCUGCUUCUUCCUCCAAGGCAGCUGCACCAUCGAAGCCAAAGAAGGCUGAGUCGCUCAAUCCCCGACUGCUCAAGAGCUCACCAGCCAGCCAUGAGAUCCGACUGAAGCUCCUUAGGCUUGUCCACCAGGAGUUUAAGCGCCUCAACGACGAACUGAAAAAGACUGCCAAGGACCAAGAGAAGAAGCUCCUCUUAUCCGACCAGGAUCUCAUCACUCGAGCCCUGGAUGAGGAACAAGCAUGUGCCAUUGAAAAGCCGGCUGUGUACUCCAAUGUAAUGAAGAACAAGGUCAUGCAAUAUAAGCGCAUGACCACGGCUCAGUGGAGAGAAAGCAGGACCAAAGAGACACAGGAAGCUCAACAGAAGCUUCGGAAGGACGACAUGUCCGACGGAGAGCCCAGAAAGAUUGAGACUGGCCUCACCCAUGCGCAGGAGGUGCAGUUGUUGAAGCGAAUACUCACACCGCUCGACGACCUGGUCAACCAUGGCUAUGUCCCUGCCGUUCCGACCCCAGAACAGAUCCAGUCAGCCAAAGAUGGGCUAGAAGCCUCAAAGGGAUGGGAAAAGUGCGACCGCUGCCAGCAGCGAUUCCAAGUCUUCCCCGGGCGCAGAGAGGAGGACGGCGCCCUCACGACGGGAGGACCAUGCAAGUUCCACUGGGGCAAGACGUACGUCCCGGACAAGUUGCCCGGAGACAAAACAAGGGUGCCCAAGCGAUACCAUUGCUGCGGCCAGGAAGUGGGUGAAUCGGCCGGCUGCUUCACCCACGACCACCACGUGUUCAAGGCGACAGAUGCCAAACGCCUGGCGGCUGUUCUCAACUUUGCAGAGACGCCCGAGAACCCUCUGGCUCCGACCGAUAGAGCGGUCUGCUUCGACUGCGAAAUGUGCUACACCGUGUACGGACUCGAACUGGUACGCCUGACUGCGACCUCAUGGCCUACAGGAGAGGACUUGCUGGACGUCCUGGUUCAGCCACUGGGCGAGAUCCUGGAUCUCAACUCUCGCUUUUCCGGCGUCUGGCCCGAAGACCUCGCGUCAGCCGAGCCCUGGUCCGUCCACGACGAUCUCACGCCCUCUAAGCAAGGCGACGAGGGGAGCGAAGACGGCGAGCUGAAGCCUAAGAAGAAGAAGAAGCUCAAGAUCGUAUCCUCCCCCGAGGUCGCCCGCGACCUCCUCUUCUCGCUGAUAUCGCCGUCCACCCCGCUCAUCGGCCACGGCCUGGAAAACGACCUCAACGCCGUCCGCAUCGUGCACCCGACCGUGGUCGACUCCGUCCUGCUGUACCCGCACAAGAUGGGCCUGCCGUACCGCUUCGGCCUGAAGCGGCUCAUGAGCGUGCACAUGAACCGCAAGAUCCAGCAGGACACGGGGCCCAAGAUGCUGGGCCACGACUCUGGGGAGGAUGCGAGGGCGGCGGGGGAGCUGGUCCGGUUGAGGGUCAUGGAUGUGUGGAACGACAUGAAGAGGAAGGGCUGGCGGGUGGUGGAGGGCGAGAUUACGCCUCCUGAGGGCGAGAAGGGGGGCUUGACGGAGGCCUUCAUCGAGAGCGGUCAUUGA